UAGCCAAUAGCCUCUAAGCUAAUUGGACAUUUCUGUUUUAUUUUGAACAAUAGGACAUGAAAUACAAAUCACAAUUUAACGCUGAGCUCUUCAAAAUUGAAGCGACAGAAUUCUUCCUGGAAAUUGAUGCUGAAAUCAACUCGAAAGGUCGAGGGUUCAUUCACUAUACUCUGGGAGCUGGAGUGAAUGGGAGCGAUGGCGGAUCUGGCGCUAGCCACGCAACCUUUGGAGGAACUAGAGAUAAUCGGAAGCAGCGAACAACAUACGGGUCCUUAUAUGAACCUAUUACUGCUGGAAGUCGUGGAGGAGUGGGACCUAGUGACGUGCUUGGCGCUCGUGGUGGCGGAGUAAUGAGGAUCAUUGUUGGACAUUCAUUUCAUUUAGAUGGUGUCGUUAAUGUGGAUGCAGAUAAUGCAAAAGAAAAUUCUGGUGAGUUUUCAUUUUUAUAUCUGAAAACAUGCGCAAGAACCAUAGAUAUGUUAUAUACACUAGAUAGUGCAUCUAAUUAUUCUGCAAUUCAAAAUUGAAGCCGUGAUUGCAGACUCAGGAUAUUCCCAUGAAAUGAGAAAACUCGUAUGUUUUCUAUUUCUUAAUUAAACAGGGAACUUAAACAUUAACUUAAACCUAUUCCAAAUACAUUUUCAAACUAUUCCAAAUACAUUUUUAAAUAUAUUUUCAAAUGAUGAAAGUUAUUGUUGUUUUUUAAGCGUUUAUUAGCGAGUGGAAAACUUCAACAUGGCCGCCAUCUAUUCAAAUGGGGGUAACCGCUGGAAUAUUCUUGGCUUCAAUUUUACUAAAAGAGAUGCGCUAUCUAGUGUAUAUAAGAUAUCUAUGGCAAGAACUGGUUGGGAAGCGGCAUUCGUGCUACAUUCUCGUGCUGCAAUCUUGCGCAUACUAGUUGAGAAAAUUAUUUAAUGGUUAAUUAGAAUCUCUUCCCCUGAAUGUCACAAUCACACUGUCUCAAUGUUUUGCAAAAAAUAUACAUUGACAGGUGUCAGUGGGGCAGGUGUCCUUAAAAAUCGCGUACAAAUGAGCAGUAGAAUUUUGAGAAAUAGAAAUAUCGUUGGUCAGGUUAGGAGCGAAUUCUCCUGACAAUGUCUUUCAUCUUGCGUGUAUCUACUAGUACUAGCAUGCCACAAUAAGCAAAAAUCCUAAUAAUUUCUUUCUAUUUGUUUCUUUCUAUAUUUUGCUGCCUUUCUUCGUUUGCAUGUUUGUUAGCAUGCCUCUCCGACUUGCUUGCCCUUCUGCUUGCUUGGUUGUUUCUCAGUUUGCAAAUGUUCGUUGGCCUAAACUACAAUCAGUGACAUUGAAAUGUGGGACACUCAGAUUGGAAGACUAUUUUUGUAACAAUUGCAAAAAUAACAUGUAAAACAUCCUCCCCCAUUUCAAUGUUGCUGUGUGUUCUGGGAGAGUUAUCGCAACGCAAUACAGCACAAAACUACUUCAAAUAAAAUGCCAAUUUUAGUCUAACAACAUUGAACAGGGGGGAAGAUGAUUAUGUUACAAUCUCAGCCUAACUGGUCCAUGUGUUUUGUCACUGAUUGUAGUAUCUUUCCGCUCUCUUUUUUCAGGCAAUGGCGGAGGAAGUGGAGGUAGCGUUUGGAUUUCAACAAACUACUUCAAAGGGCAUGGCAAAAUAACUAGCCGUGGAGGUCUUGGUAACACACAUGGUUCAGCAUUAGGGGGCAGUGGCGCAGGGGGACGAAUUUCCGUACAUAUGAGAAAAGAAGACGAGUUCCGGGGUACAUAUUCCGUGUUUGGUGGAUUGGGCGAUGGUUCCAGGCAUGGAGGACCCGGCACUGUUUACGUAGAGGAAUCAAGAGAUAUAUACAUUCACAGUAGAUUGUAUAUUGAUAAUAAUAACGCCGUACCAGUUAAGGAGUUUGUGUUAAAUGAAAGGAACGCUCGUGAAGAUUAUCACAAACGUGUUGAUGGUGUGCUGACAGAUUAUCAUUUUGAUGAAUUUAUGGUUCUUAACCAGGUAAGCAGGCAAUAUAUUAUAAACGAGAUGAAGUUUGUUAUGGCGAUAUGAAACACAAAAAAUAUGUUUGAGGUACUGUCCAUUUUUGAGAUGUUUUAAAAUCACAAUUAAAAAGACUUGGAGUGGAUUAUGAAUUAUGAUGUAUAUUAUAGAACGAACCAUUAUUAAAAAGAAAUUCAAGACAAAUUUACUCUAAAUACGCACGUUUAUACGUUGGUUAUUUCGUUUUUGUUUUGCUUAAUGUCAAGACAAGUAAAAAACUUUAUUUACCUGGGAACGGUUGUUCAAAGCUGGAUUAGCGCUAAACCUUGGUUAAAAGUUAACCCGCUGUCUUGGUUUGGGUACAUCUGCACUUCUGUUUAGUUCGAAACUUUGGAAAAUAAAACUUCGAUUGAACCAGACAAGAAUUUUGGAAAACUAUCUACAUGUUUAUAAACAAGUUUCAGGGAAGUUUGCUUUGAAAUUUUCGUUAACCUAGGUUAACCGGCUUUCGAACAACCGGCCCCAGUAGAAUAUUUCUUUGAUACCACAAAGUUAAAGGACAUCCAUUUUAUUUCUUCUAGGCCAUAUUUAAAAUUAAAACACUGUCUGAAAAUGAAACCUUCAAUCCGUCUGUAUAUAUUGGUUUGAUGUACGGAGAUGGCUCCCCACUUAUUCAUGUUCAAUCUAACCAAACUUUCUAUAUGGAGUAUCAGAAAGCUACCAGCAAGAGAUCAAACCCCAAGGUCAACUUCCUUAUAGAAGAGCGCGGGGACUUAAUCACGGUCAAUGAUCUUCGUAUUAGCGGAGAUAAGACCCCGGCGAUUGAUUUACGUGGUACAAUCAGGGGCGUUACCAAAUUUACAUUGAGUAACUCUAAAGUUUGCCACGUCAGCAAAACUGGUUCGAUCACUGUUGGAAUACUUCGUGAGAACUCAUCGGCUGUCGCCAUUAAUCUCGGGAUGUUGACUUUAGAAUAUAAUGCAAAUUUGGUGUUUACCGAGGGUGGAGAAUUGGAUAUUGGGUAUUUUACCAUGCGUCAAAAAACACUGAUGUCAGCAAAAUAUUUCUACAUUAAAUCUACAGCGAUUGAUAUCGAAGGCGAAGGAAGGGUUACCACAACCGCACGAAGUGAAGACCCAGGCCUGGGAGCUGGGAACGAUAGUAAAGGAUCAGGUUCUGGUGGUGGUCACGGGGGAUAUGGAGGACUUUAUGAGGAUAAAAGAGGUGGUAAUCCAUAUGGAUCCUAUAGUGAACCUACACAUCCUGGGAGUAAGGGUGGAGGUAUUCAAGGCGGGCGUGGUGGAAGUUUUAUUAAGGUAGAUUUUAAUUAUUUGUCUAUUAACUUGAAUGUAUAAGAACAAGAAAAUUAAAUAAUAAUCGAACAAUUAAAUAUACCGCGCAGUUUGCAAGCUGCUCAUGCAUAUGAGAGAGACAGUCACUGACAAUUUAAGUGAAUUUCCAAUCAUCCAUCAUAAACCUUUAGAACUGCCUUUUCUCUUUGGGAAUAACGGAACAUCGUAACUCUUGAUAGUUUCUUGCACAUGCUUAUUAUAUAGUCGAAAACGAAAACACAAGAUGAUUAUAUUGUCGAAAUAAUGUUCGACUAGUAAUAAGCAAACUUGUUAUUAUUUAGAUUCUUCUUCUUAAUGAUAUUUUUAUGAAAACGCGACGUGUCCACACUGGAAAGCAAACUGGAGAUUAUACUUUACAACGCAAUUCCGAGUGCACUACGCAGAAAAAUUUUUAAAUUGCUUCACCGCAAUGGGAUCGAACCUGCGAUGCCAACGCUCUGCCAACUGACCUCGAGGUCAAGACGGUUGAACUAAGUGAUAUUAGAGACUUGAGCGAAACAACGAAUUGCGAAGACGUACUUGACCAUUUUUGCACGUCUGCACAUUACCUUGCGCAUAAAAAAUGUGAAUACGUCUUCGUCGUCGAAAUUCGUUCUCUUGUUCAAACUCACGAAUGCGGCUUGCUAGGAACGAGUGCCUAAAAUAGUUUACCCGGGUUCUGAUCACACGAAUUAAAUAAAUUUCCUUUCAUCGUUUUUAAUUAAUGAUUAGAUUGAAUGUGGUCAUUUUCUUCAUCUUGACGGCGUGAUUGACAACAAUGGGGGAAAUGCUUCAAGUCAAGGAAGCGGUGGUGGCAGUGGUGGAAGCAUUUUUAUCAAAACGUUGAUGUUCUCUGGUCAUGGAAGUAUUCAAGUGAGUGGAGGAGAUGGCCAGGGGAGCGGCGGUGGAGGUGCUGGAGGAAGAUUGGCAGUCCAUGUCUCGUGGUUAAGGGAAUAUGCAGGUAGAAACGCCUUUAUCCUUUUAAGUCUUAGGCUGUAUUUAUCUCCAUAGUUGUUUUGCAUGCUUCUUGCGAUGUAAUGUACUAUGCUUCUUACGUUGUAGACUUACGUAUUUUAUAUUGCUUAGGAGGCAAUGUGUAAUUUAAUAGUGAAACUAGCCAGUAAUUCACUAUUCUUGACGCCUGUUGAGGAUUAGCCAGAGCUCACUCGACCCAGUCUUUCGCGCGGAUCUAUGUUAACUCGAAUCUCGAUCUUGUGUCUGUCUGAUUGUCGUAAUUCCUGGGAACAGUACAUUCGAAGAUUGGGGGGGGGGGAUUCGGAUAAUAUCUUUAAUUGCGUGCGCAUGUUUUUUCCAUGUUGAAAAGGAAUUAAAGAAACGAGCAUUUUCUGGAAUAAGGCCAAUUAAAAAUAAUUUUCAGUUUUUCAUCGCCGCCCGCCCCUGAAAAAUUGGCCGCCCGGAAUAAUUUUUUUAUUAUUAUUAAAUCGGAAUUGGUCGGAAGUAGUCGGAAACCGAACAUUGGCGGCCAUAUUGUUUCAACAUGCCUUUCCUCUCGAUCGACGAAGACGAUCUUAAUACCAAUCCCGAAAGCUAUCCACUAUGUGAAGAGUGCAAGAAAACUCGCAAACCAGAGAAGCGAUCAUCAAGAAAGAAGUUUAAAAAAACUUGAAAUUUGGCUACAAGUGACAAAGGCUAUAAAAUUAUGUUCAGUAAAUUAUUAGUCAUAUACUUUAUGGUUCAUAUUAUUAAAUGUUUUUAUUUCUUUAAUAAAUGUUUCAUUACGCAUCAGUUCUGCGCUAUCAGAGUACAACAUGGUCUCGUAUUUAGGCGUAGAAGUUAAAAUGGCUCUUGACUGUGACUAUUUCUUGCGUAGACAAAAUGUGUGAAAUGGGAGACAACCUUUUAAUCCGUUUUUUAAUAAAAGGGGAAAUAUACUACUUACGCUAUUAAAAAAUAAAUAAUAAAAAAAAUUAAAAUCCGCCCGCCCGCCCCCCGUUUUUCAAAAAUUCUGAUGAAAAACUGAAAAUUAUUUUUAAUUGGCCUAACUAUGUCUUUAUUUAUUUCUGCUGAUUUUCAUCAAGGCGAUGAACGUUUUAAUGUUCAUUCUAGAGGUAAGCAAUGUGCUUUUAUGUCUUUAUCGGCGCUUCUUACAGCCCGAAAUGUUCCAUUAUCCUCGUGGUCGAAGAUAACAUUUAACAAUGUCUUAUUACAAGGAGACAAAUUGUGCUUGAAAGCGCUUAAUACUGGCUUUAUAGUGUUAGAUCCAGGUAUAGAUUUCUUGUCAGUAGAACGUUUACCUAAAGUUAUUAGUACAUGUACAAACAUGUCGAAGCAGUCGAACGACUUUUCGUACGAGAUAUGUCAAUCAAUGAUCGACACAGUUUCGCGUUUAUAUACGCAUGUACAGACUGCAGAUGAAGAUAUAACUACAUCGCCAAAAUAUAGUGAUUUACCUGUUGUAGUGGAGCCUUUUGGGGUUCAAAAUAACAUAACUGGAGUGACAAAUGAGGCACAAGUUACCGAAAAUGGUGUUGCCAUUGAAUUGCCAACACAUUCAGAAACAAUAUCACCUAUGUGGGUGACAGAUACGACUGAUUCACCUAUUGUGGUGAAGCCCAUUGAGGCACAAUCUAACAGUGAUUUACCCAUUGUAUUGAAGCCCAUUGAGGUACAAGCUAGUGAUUCAACCAUUGUGGUGAAACCCAUUGCGGUGCAGCUUUUUGAGGCACAAAAUAACAUUGAUUUACCUACACAUUCAGAAACAAUAUCACCUAUGUGGGUGACAGAUACGACUGAUUCACCCAUUGUGGUGAAGCCCAUUGAGGCACAAUCUAACAGUGAUUCACCGAGUGUGGUGAAGCCCGUUGAGGCACAAGCCAACAGUGAUUCACCCAUUGUGGUGAAGCCCAUUGAGGCACAAGCUAGUGAUUCACCCAUUGUGGUGAAGCCCAUUGAGGCACAAGCUAGUGAUUCACCCAUUGUGGUGAAACCCAUUGUGGUGCAGCCUAUUGAGGUUCAAAAUAACAUUGAUUUACCCAUUGUGGUGAAGCCCAUUGUGGCACCAAGUAAAAUUGAUUUGUCUUUGUACAAGGCAAAAAAUAUAAACCAAACUUGGUAUAUUAAUUAUGAAAAAGAACUUCAAGAUCUUGUUAUAACAGAUCGAGAGAUUGAGUCUUUUUACUAUGAUAUUCACACAGCACUUGUGAAUACUUUUGCAAAUGAUUGUUUUGCUAUUUUGAUACUAGAAGGUUAUAUGAUGGCCUUAAUGAAAGAAACAGAUAAUUUCUAUCUUUUCGACUCACAUGCCAGAGACUCAAGUGCCAUUCCUGAUCCUAAUGGCACAGCUGUUGUCAUGACAUUUACUAAUAUUAUAGAGUUAGAACAACAUGUGUAUUGUUUGUCAAUGGAACUACGUACCAAUUCAUUUGAAAUUGUACCUGUGCAAUUCAAUAUAUGCAAAACCUUUGAUCGAAAAACUAAGAGUAUGAAAGAUCAAGAAUACCAACAAAUCAGGCGUUCAUUAGAAAGUGAAUGUGAUAAACAAUCUAGACUUAACAAAGCUAAUGAGUAUAAUAAAAGAAAGCGGUCAGAGGAAACUGACAGCCAGAAACAAAUUAGACUUCGAAAUGAUAGAGUCUAAAAAAAGAAAGCGGUCAAUAGAAACUGAGAGUAAAAGAGAAAUAAGACUUCAAAACGAUAGGGAGUCUAAAAAACAAAAGCGGGCAAAACAAGUGUCACAGCCCCACAAUGAAAUAAACCAACAGGAAUAUUUAAACAUGUUUGACAUCACCAAUAAUGGUGGUAUUGAAGAGCAAUGUUGCGCAAAUGCUAACAUAAAUAAGUUUCACAAGUCUGUACAAUACAUUGUCAGUCAGUGUACAGUAUGUCAAGAGAGUCGCGUCCGCAUCGUAGAUUUGGUGCAUCUUAAGUUCGCUAACCGCGUAGCCAGUUUAGUGUUGGGGUAUUCUACAAUUAAUCCACAGCUUCCAUUUCUUCAUGAUUUUUCUUACCCAAAACUUUGCGCUACCAAUUUACCUACUUGGUCUGAGGCAGCAUUUCACUUGCUAUAGUAACUCCUAGUAUAAAGCAUGGUAGCGAAACUAGCCAGCGUGUUUCAAACGAAUGAAGCUUUAUCUAUUUAAACUCAUGAUAAAAAAUAUUAACAUACGAAUCUUCCGCAUAUUAGGUGUAUGUUCACAUCGUUAUAUUUUAUGUUGACCAGGUACGUAUUUGGCUCUGGGCGGCCUUGGUAAUCCUGCCGGUGCAUGUGGAACAAUUUAUUACACAGAUACGAACAAAGGACUCUCGCAUCGACCUUUCACUAUUGAUGAACAUAAUAAUACCGUGUUUGGCGAAGGAUUUACUAAACUUAUCCUCGAUAAUCAAAACAGAAAUAAGCAUAUACCAACCUUAAUUGAGAAAGAAGUUGAAAAAUAUUACGAAGUUGACGAGUUAGAAAUACGAAAUCAUGUAGUGUUAUGGAUUCAAGGAGAAAACGCUACGUUGCUAGCACAUAAAUUUUCUGGCGACAAAACAGGUUUGGUCCAUUUACGCCCCACACAAAAGAUGUUCGUUGAAGUAGUUGAAUCCGAAAAAGGUUACUCAAUAGCGCCUGUGAGCUACAAAAUUGAUUCACGUUCAGAAAUUACGUUUCCUUCAACACUUACACUGCUCGGUACACGUUCCACGUUUGAUGGCUUUAUUAUUGGUGUUCACCAACUUUACAUCGCUGAGAGUGCUAGCGUCACCUUCGCGUCAACUUCACAAACUGGUACACGAGAGAAUGGAACAUUUACGUUUAUUACAACCCCUGGAAAUAUUACGUUUGGUACUUUAAUCGUGCAACGUGGUUCUCUGGUUUCCUUCUCCCGAAUAAAUGACACCUUGAUUUUAACUGCAGGAAUAUUUCGCGUAAAGUACGAGGGAGAAAUGCGUAUUAAUCACGGGGACAUUGAUUCAUCUUGGGCUUGGGUCGAGAGCCGUGGCAAGGUGCUUUUGGAAGGAACUGGGUAUGGCAGUGAAGCUGGACCUGGGAGAGGUAUUACAUCAUCACAGAUCGGUACUGGAGCUGGUCACGGUGGUGAGGGUGGAUCAAAUGAGGAUCGUACUGGGGGGUGGUAUGGAUCGAUACUUAGACCUGAUCAUUUAGGUAGUGGUGGUGGAAAUGGUCGUGGUACUGGAGGACGGGGAGGUGGGUCCUUACACUGGCGUAUUGGACAGACUUUAGAACUGGAUGGUCUCGUAUCAAUGAGAGGGAUCGAUGGUACAGGAAGUGACUCUGGUGGAGGAAGUGGGGGAAGUUUAUUGGUAGAGUGUACAAAUAUAACUGGAUAUGGAACAGUGAAUGUAAUUGGAGGAUCAGGAACAGGUAAAGGAGGAGGAGGUGCAGGUGGUCGGGUUGCAAUCCAUGUCCGAUUUAAACACAAGUUCGCAGGGAUAUAUGAAGCAUAUGGUGGAUCAGGUGGGGUAUAUGGUGCUGCAGGGACGGUCUACGUUGAGGAGACUGCACGUGGUCCCCAGUAUGCUGAUAUCAAAUAUAAUAAAGAAAUAAACAGGACUGAAAGUGUAUCAACUCACAGGUUUAUUAUGGUUGACAAUUGGAAUAGAAAAACUACAUUCUCAACAAGUCUAGUGGAAUACAGUAGUGAGUAUUACGAGUUUGAUGAAAUGUUUUUAACCCGUUAUGCAAAUCUGCAGAUUGACCAUCCUCUAAAUUCCCCUAACGUUACUGUUGUCGUACAUCGUUUUAUUGGUGACGGAACUGGACGAGUUCACAUGCGCAAAAAUCAGACAAUUUAUGUGGAAGUUGUUGAGUCGAUGACGAAUGAAACUACAGCUCCAUGUAGCUUUAAAAUUGACCAAGGCGCUGAAAUUGUGUUCCCCUCGAAGGUAUACAUUUACGGAACACGUACGGAAAUUAACGGUAGGAUUACGGGAAUUCACGAUAUCAUUAUUGCUCUUGGUGGUGUCAUUGAAUUUUCAUCCACAGCUCAGACUGCGAUAGUUGAGAAUAGAGAAUAUUUGAGGAUUGAUAAAAAUGGAAACUUUUCCUUUGGCUCUGUUCUGGUAAAACGUGGUUCAAAAAUUGUGUUUAAGAAAGUCAAUAAUACAUUGAUACUCAAUAGUGGGUUGUUUAGAGUUAAGUAUAAAGGCUUGAUGAUACUAAAUCAUGGUAUUUUACGGAAUUCGUUUGCUUGGGUAGAAAGCCAAGGUGUAUUGAUGCUUGAUGGUACGGGCUUUCCAGAGGAGCAAGGACCAGGUAAGGGAGUGACUAGAAAUGGUGUUGCUGGUGGGGCUGGUCAUGGCGGUGAAGGUGCUGGUGUUAAUGGUGGGUUGCCGUAUGAUUCUGUUUAUGCACCCCAUGUUCUUGGUAGUGGUGGUGGUAGAGGUCAAGGUGUGGGUGGUGCUGGAGGGGGCAGCCUGUUAUGGGAGGUUGGAAAAUUCUUACAGAUAAAUGGUUUGUUAUCUGCGAAUGGUUUAGACGGUAGUGGUGUUCAUGCUGGUGGUGGGAGCGGUGGAAGUAUCUUAAUUAAGACCACAAACAUGUCAGGACAUGGUGAGAUUGCAGUUGCCGGAGGGGAAGGGAAGGGCUCUGGUGGAGCAGGAGCAGGUGGACGUGUGGGUAUACACUGUAGAUGGAGGUAUAAGUAUGGCGGAAAGUUGACGGAUCAUGGAGGACACAGUAAUAUUGGUGCUCCUGCAGGAACUAUCUACAUCGAGGAAAACUUUCGACCUUUACAGUACCGCCACCUUAAAUACUUAAAGACCACGAAUACGAGUGUAUUGGCUGUUGAUCAUAUGUAUUUGCACGUGGACAAUGAAGGCUUUGACGUUGAAGGCUCGACAAUGAUAAUGGAGGAAAAUACUACUUUGUAUGAAUUUGAUGAAAUGGAGCUGACAGGCUACAGCAGAUUGCUAGUGUAUCAUCCUAAUAACUCCGUAGUUAACGUGACUGUUCAUAGAUUUAUUGGUGACAAAACUGGACAGUUUCAUAUCCGAGACCGACAGAGAAUAUUUGUUGAGGUAGUAGAGUCUGUGAGCAACAAAACUGAAGCACCUUGCAGCUAUAAGAUUGACAAUGGUGGAGAAAUCGUUCUGCCUUCGGAAUUUCAUGUUCAUGGCACUCGAACAAUCGUUGAAGGACGUAUCACUGGAGUACAUCGUCUGUAUGUUUCAAGUGGUGCUGAGAUUGACUUUACUUCUACUACUCAAACAGCUUUAGUUGAAAAUUCAUCCUAUGUAUUUUUAUCUGAGCCGGGGAAUUUAUCUUUCGCUGAUGUUGUGGUGAAACGAAAAGGUGACGUAGAUUUCCGUCGGGUUACAGACUUCCUCCGAUUGAAUUGCGACGAGCUUAACGUAAAAUACGAAGGCGAGAUGUCUAUUAAUCAUGGUGAGAUAUUCACGUCUUAUGGCUGGCUCGAUAGCAAAGGUGUGAUAAAUUUGGACGGAGUUGGUUUCCCCGCAGAGAAGGGACCAGGGGCAGGCAUGAAUGUUGGGGGAACUGGAAGUGGAGCUGGGUAUGGAGGUACUGGUGGACGUAACGGUGGAAAGGCGUAUGGGUCAGUGUAUACACCUAUGCAUUUGGGAAGUGGAGGAGGCAACAGCCAAGGAACGGGAGGUUCUGGGGGAGGAUACCUUAUCUGGAAAAUCAGCAAAUACCUGGAACUUAACGGUCUUCUUACAGCCAAUGGCGAAGAUGGGAAUGGUGGAAAUGCAGGUGGUGGUAGUGGUGGAAGUAUUCUCAUUGAAUCAACCAACAUGACAGGCCAUGGUGAGAUAUCCGUUGUGGGUGGUAAAGGAAAGGGUGAAGGUGGUGGUGGUGCUGGAGGACGAGUAGGGAUACAUUGUCGUUGGAGGUACACCUAUGGCGGCAUGUUUUCUGAUCAUGGGGGGCAGGGGAAUAAACGAAAACAUGGCGCAUCUGCUGGUACUAUUUAUAAAGAAGAAAAUUUGAGACCUUUACAAUACCGUGAACUGAAGUACAGCAAGAGUAGGAAUACGACAUACCUAGCUGUGGAUCAUACAUAUGUUCAUAUAGAUAACGCUGGUUAUGAUGUCCCUGGAGCAACUUUGUUGAGGGAAGAGAACACUUCAGAAUAUGAGUUUGAUGAGAUGGAGUUGACCGGAAAAUCAAGAUUGCUAGUCUAUCAACCAGAUAACAUGACAAAUAUAACUGUAAUUGUACACAGGUAAAUAAUUUAUCAUUGCUCAACUAUAGCUAAUGAUUAUAUUACAAUUUUUACAAUUUUUUACAAUUUUAUUGAAGUUGCGCACGUCAUAUAGAUUAUUUACAAAAGUGAAGAGUAAUAAGGUUAUGGUGAGUAGUAUAGAUAUAAAUUGGAGUUAAUAAUUCAUUAUGUCGUGCGCAGUGGACAAAGUAGCAUAAUGCUUUCGAGUUGUCCACUGCCUACGAUUUGCUAAUGAGAACGGAGCGGCGCUAGAACGAAUUCACAACUGUAUAUACUCUAUAAUUACAUUUGAGUUAAUAGGAGCGAUUGCUUCAUAAGGGGGGCGUUUUUAAGCCAUUUAUUAAUUUUUUUUUUGAACAUCUUAAAUUAAAAGCCAGUCUCAGUAUUUUAAAUAUAAACAACCCUCGUAUAAACAAUCAAUCAUUGUCGAUUUAUUUUUAUGUCAGAGAAUAAAUGAUACACUAUUAAUUAAUGUACACGUUAAAUGUUAUAUACUAAGCGAUUGAUUAUCGAGCCUUUUCAUGCCGUUCUAUGCAUACAAUGAACAAAGUUAUAUCGGUCUUUAAAAACGACUAUGCGAUAAACAGAAAUGCGGUUCAAAUUAUUCAAGCUAGAAGAUGUGUUCGCUAGAAACUUAUUUAUUUCGUUUUCCACCUCCUUAGGUUUAUUGGUGAUGGUACUGGACAGUUCCACAUACGAAAACACCAAAAGAUAUAUGUUGAAUAUGUUGAAUCAGAGAAUAACCGUACUGAAGCACCAUGCAGUUACUUGGUUGAUCAGUUCGGAGAACUGGUUCUCCCGUACGAAUUUCACGUAAAUGGUGUGCGGACGGAAAUUCACGGCCUCAUGACAGGCGUUCAUCAUCUCUUUGUAGAAGAUAGCGGCCGCGUUCGAAUAUCGUCCACAGCGCAAACUGCUUUGCUGGAGAACCGCACUUAUAUUGACGUCACAGAACCAGGAAACACAUCAUUGGCUAAUAUCAUUGUCAAGAAAGGUGGCAUCCUCGAUCUAUUACGUAAGCAUGACGUCAUAAUUCAAGUGACGUCAAGUCUAUUUGAAAUCAAAUAUGAAGGAAAAGUGCUCAUGAAUCAUGGUGUGUUGUAUACAUCCGUUGGGGACCUGGAAACUAAAGGAGAGUUGGUGUUGGAUGGAAAAGGCCGGGAGUCUGGCACUGGAAUUGGUAAAGGUUAUCGACAUGGGAAUUAUGGCACAGGUGGAGGUCAUGGUGGGCGUGGCGGUACAAAUGGUGGUAAUCAGGGACAAGCGUAUGAUUCAGUGUUGAAACCUCUGAUGCUAGGAAGUGGUGGAGGGGCUGGACGAUAUGGAGCUGGUGGGCAAGGUUGGUACUCUAGUACUAUAAUAUUUUUAAAGAUUGUGUAUAUUGUAUAUAAUAGAUGACACAACUCCAAAUGACUGGUAAGCUGAAAUAUUUUGCCCGGUGUGAAGCCAUGUAUGAGGGUGAUCUAAUAUAAUAUUUGUAUUGUUGAAGUCUGUUUUACGAUAGAACGUCCCGCAUUUGCUGGUGUGUAUAUAAAACAAAACCAUGAACUCGAAGCUUAAAAUGUGGUCCAUUAAUUGCAAUCUUGCAAACUCGGGAAAUGGCUAUAUAUAACAAACUAUAUGAAUAAAAGGAGAGAACAGUAGAUUGUUUUGUUUAGGAGUGCGCAUUAGUGAUGCCACGGAAUAAUGAUUUCUAUUUGUUUCCUCAAGGUGGCGGCAGUCUCCGGUGGCAAGCACAAGACCACUUACACCUGGAUGGCUUGAUCACAGCUCAAGGUCAAAGUGGGAAAUCCCAAUCAGGAGGAGGUAGCGGAGGUACUGUUCUUAUUGAAGCUUUAAACAUGAGUGGACAUGGUGAGAUAAAUGUCAAUGGUGGUAAUGGGAUAUCUGGGGGUGGUGGAGGAUCUGGAGGACGUAUUGGAAUACACGUAGAUUUUAAAAACAAGUAUGGAGGGACGUACAGGGCAGUUGGAGGAGAAGCAAGCUCCAAGACUCUUGUUGGAGGCGCAGGGACUGUAUAUAAAUAUGAAAGCAGUCGUGGCCCGCAAUAUCGUGAAAUAAAAUACAAUCCUAAUGGAAACUUCACAGACUUCAAACCUGAACAUUCAAAAUUGAAGAUCGAUAACGAAGGACGAGAUUCAGACUGGCCGGCCGUUGUUAUGGAAAAUGAAACUUUGUUCUACGAGCUUGAUGAAAUGCAAGUGGGAGGCAAGUCUCACGUGGUUUUCUAUCAUCCAAGAGGAGCACGGAAUGUCACUGUAGUCGCGCACGAAGUGACUGGGGACAAGACUGGUGUCAUAAAGAUGACAUCACGUCAAAGAUUGUUUGUAUUUAUUGUUGAAAGUACCCAUACGUACCUAGAUGUUCCCUGUGGAUUCUACAUCAGCGAGUUCUCAGAAAUUAUAUUUCCAACUGAAGUGAUACUGCGAGGGGAAACUACGACCUUGCGAGGCCGCGUUACUGGCGUAGAGAGACUGGUAAUAGAAAGAAAUGGAAAUAUACUGGUCAGUGGGACGGCUCAUACAGCUAAACUUCCGGAGCAUGCGCGAUGGUAUAAUGAUCGGCCAUUUGAUCCGUUCACUCCAGGUCAACUUGUCAUUCCCGAACUGGUUGUGGCAAAUGAUGGUGUUCUCACUGUUGCCAUUACACCAUAUCGUGCUGAAGUCAUAGCGUCAGAUAUUGUCAUAAGAAAAGGUAAGCAUUGCGGGCAAUAGACCCGAGUUUGUGAAGGAAUAGGAGAAAAUAACCACAGUUACUAUAAGAAAGCCGCUUCAAAAUUUUACAAUACACUUACAGGUAAACUACGUGAAGCGUUCCUCUUUUGAGUUCCUAAGUUGAUCGCAAUUUUCGUCAUUACCUUAGCAAAUUUGCAAAACUCCCUUGCAAAUCCCUUGAGGGAAUUUGCAAUGUUCUUAAGAGCAAAAUAAAUUUCCCUCAGUUCCUGUUAGAAGUUCUUAACUACCUGUUGCAAGUUCCUAACUUCCUGUUCUGUUCUGUGCGUUGCAAUUAACCAACAAAAAUAAUCCACCAAUGAAAACGCUCAGAACAGAACAGGAAGUUAGGAAAUUAAAACAGGAAGUUAGGAAAAUUUGAAAGGAACUCUCUUUGCGUUGGAAUAUUGCAACGGCCGACAGGAAAAUUGCAAAUUCCCUCAAGGGAUUUGCGAAGGGUUUUUCAAAUUUGCAAAUCUAAUUUUGAAAAUUCCAAAUGAGUUAGGAACUCAAAAGAGGAACGCUUCACGUAGUUUACCUGUAACUGAUGCGACUGAUGUUGAAAAGAGCUUGGGCACGACGAACAAAUUUCUGUCUUCGUUCAAUAAAAUUGAAAGAUUAUACCAAAGAGAAUAAAGCUUAAGGCUCCUAUUUAUUGCUUCAAAACAAACCCGUUGCAAAAACAUAAACCAUGAGUGGCCCAAGCUCUGUUUGUCGUUUCGAUAUCGAGAAAUAAUGCAGUUUUUUCACUUACUUGAACGUGUAUUAAUAUGAUUUUUUCUGUGUUGGUGUCGUGUACUCAGGUGAAUAUGAUGUUUGUGAUGUUCCUCUGAGUGUAUAUCCACACCGUGCGAGCUUGAGCUAGUAUUUCAAAGGUCGUAUGUUCGAUUCCCACCGUGGCUGGGCAUAUUUUUCAAGCUCGCCCGGUGUGGAUAUACACUCAGAGUAACAUCACAAACAUCAUAGUGUAUUAAUAUUUUUACUUUACUCCGGUCAACUUUCAGUUAGUUCCUUUAAACGAGCCUUAUAUUGUGUAUCAUGCAUUCUAAAUAGUAGGAACGACCUGAAAUUGACGGGAGUAAAGCAAGUGAUGUAUUAAACAAUAUAUGCAACAAUACUGUUGCGGAUUGGUAGGGAUACAACGUUAUUCCCUGAAAAAUACAAGCAGGUAGUUAUAUCCCUACACUGGCACACAUUUCAAUUUAUUAGUUUGACUAUUUUUCUACAUCUCAAACACACACAAAGUUUGGACCACAAAUGCAUAAACAAAACCUUUCGUAGUACAUGAUAUACAGUAAAGCCUGGUUCACAUGUACCUGCGGUAUGUCGGCAGGCUAUUGUUAUUAGCAAUUCAAUCAAAUAAUUCACAAAAGAAUGUACGCAUCAACAGCUGUAAACAAUGAUAGCGCAGGCAUACCGCAGGCAUAUGUGAACCAGGCUUAAAAGGUGGUAUCAACGGAAUUUAUUUAUUUAUUUAGCUUUGCCAACGAGGGCAGGGUUACCACAACAGCAUAUGCCAAUUAUUGUGGGCCCUUUUACCUUUCCCACCCUGUCAACUUUCCCUGUGGGAGGAAACCAGAGUACCUGGAGAAAACCCAUGACUUUUGGCAGAGCGUCGACUUUUAAAUGACCUGAAAAUUGACAGAAGUAAAGCAAAUCAUAUAUUAACCAAUAAAUUCAACAAUACUGCUGCGGAUUGAUAUUGAUUCAACGUCACUAUUUGAAAAAACAAGCAGGGUGUUGUAUUCCUGACAAUCCACAGCUUUCUUAUUAUCAUCACUACCCAUACUGGCACAGAUCGCAUUUAGGCAUUAUUUCAACUUAUUACUUUGGCUAUUUCUCUAUACCUCAAUUACCACACACAGAGCUUAGGCAACCAAUGCAUAAACAAAACCUUCCGUUGACCUUCCACAUCAAAUUAUAUUUCUGUAACUAUAAUUUAGUAAUUACUUGCAAAAGUACUCACAUGAUAUUUUUUAAAUUUCAAAAGGUGGACUGUUCAAAGUCAACACACGUGAAAUGUUCUUUAUUUUGGACCGAAUUGUGAUUGAAAGUGGUGGGAGUCUGGACGGAGACGGUGGUGGAUAUUCUGCAACUCAAGGGCCUGGUGCUGGCUCUGGAUCUAAAGGUGGAAGUUAUGGAUCCCUUGGUGGAAACGCUGGUACUGGAAAAUACUACGGAUCCCUCUACAUACCGCGUUAUCCAGGCAGCGGAGGUGGCGGUAGUGCUGGUGGUUCAUGGAUAAAUGUGACAGCUGGUGGAUACGUAAAAGUCGAUGGUGCAUUGAGGGUUAAUGGUGCAACCGGAUAUGGUGCCGGAAGUGGUGGUAGUUUAACCAUCACUACGUCGCUUCUGAUUGGUUAUGGGCAACUUGCAAGUCAUGGAGGUGAGAAUUUCUUGAAUGACAUAAAUGUGGGAUUCUUUGGCUAAAUUGAUAAUUGUUUCAGGUUUGAUUUAAACAACUGGAUUUAGUCAGUACUAAAGAAUGAACUUCUAAACUUUAACAUGGUAGACCAUGAUGUUUGUGCAUCCACGCCGGGCAAGUUGAAAAGUUUGUUUGACCACGGUAGGGAUCGAACCUACGACCUUUGGGAUACUAGUUCACUCGCUCUACCAACUGAGCUACGAGGUCAAGUCGGUUUGAAUUGGUGAUAUUUAGGAAAUGAGUCUAGUUCCAUCGAUAUCAAUGUAUUAAGGAUGCACACUCAGAGUAACACCACAAACAUCAUAUUCACCUGAGUACAUAACACGAACGCACGCAAAAAGUAUGAUUUCUUAGAGUACAUUGAUAUCGAAAGAAUUAGACUCAGUUCCGAAAUAUCACCAAUUCGAACUAACUUGACCUCGUAGCUCAGUUGGUAGAGCAUUGGACUAGUAUCCCAAAGGUCGUGGGUUCGAUUCCGACCGUGGUCAGGCAAACUUUUCAGCUUGCCCGGUGUGGAUGCAUACUGAGAGUAACAUCACAAACAUCAUAUUCACCCGAGUACAUAACACCAACACACACAAAAAGUAUGAUAUCUUGAUAAUACAUUGAUAUCGAAGGAACUACCGAACUAGUUCCGGAAUAUCACCAAUUCGGACCGACUUGAAUCAUAGCGCAAUUGCGUAAUAGACAAAAUUUUGAUUUAAACAAGUCUAGACAAAAAUUUCAUCACAGCUUGAAAGAGCAUCACAAAAUUAGUAAUAUUACAAAGUUUCGUUGCGAAAUGUUGUAAAAUGCGGAUAAUAUAGCCUUGCGAAGUUUACAAUUUUCAGUCAUUUUAGAUUACAAACGGGAAAUUGACAGCCUCAAAGCGUAUCGGGCUGUCAAUUUCCCGUGUGUAAUCUAAAAUGACUGAAAAUUGCAAACUUCGCAAGGCUAUAUUAUCCGCAUUUUACAACAUUUCGCAACGAAACUUUGGAAUAUUACUAAUUUUGUGAUGCUCUUUGAAGCUGUGAUGAAAUAUUUGUCUAGAUAAAAAUUUAGUCUAUUACGCAAAUGGUCAGUUGGUAGUGCCUUGGACUGGUAUCCCAAAAGUCGCAAGUUCGAUUCCCACUGUGGAUGCAUACUCAGAGUAACAUCGUAUUCACCUGAGGACAUAACACCAACACACACAAAAAGUAUCAUGGUAGACUAUAUUUUCUCAAGUAAAAAUGAACUACUUUUCCGUGACCUUGAACGUUCAACUUAAGGAAAGUCUGUAAUGCAUAUUUACAAGAUGACAUCUUUAAUCCUUAAUCAAAGACUCGAUUGUUGUAAAUUAAGGAGAAGCUUGAACUUUGCUGAAUAAGCAAUGUACUAAUGUUAUUUGUUUCUCAUUCAACCUCAUUCAAAAUUUUUGUAUGCAGGAUCUUCAAGCACUGGAGGUGGUUCUGGUGGCCGUAUUGGUAUUUAUCUCUCUCAACCAUUUGAUUUCCGAGGAGCUAUCGCCGCUCUUGGUGGCGCUGGGUCACCUUCUGGAGGGCCUGGAACGACAUACAUUGAAGUCAGGGAUGGGGUUUCAGUACAGAGGGUCCUAAGAAUAGAUGGAAGAAAUAGAGAAGAAACUGCGGGACUAAAGGUGUUCUUGGAUGAACUUGGUGGAUAUUAUCAUGUGUUUGAUGAGAUGGAACUGACAAGGAAAGCAUUUGUAUCUUUACAACAGGUAUGUUGACCACAUGUAUAAUUCUAUAUUCGAACUAUUAAUGAAGAUAUUAUCGAAGGGAUAACUGUGUUUUAUUAGCAUCACUUCAUGAGACACAAAGCCAUGUUCCUUAACAACUAAUUUGAAACGUAGGCAAACUGGGACUUUUUUCGAUCAAGGGAUUAUUUUUUCUGUUGUAUUUUCUUCAGAUAUCUGACAGCAUACCUGAAAUAAAAGUUCGCUACUUCUCUGGUGAUGGUACUGGAGUUUUCGACGUUAUUUCUGGUACACGUGUCUAUACUCAUGAAGACACAGUACGCAUGCGCACGAUGGUAAAUUACGUCAUCAGGAAAGGAGGUGAGCUAGUACUACCCGAGCUUACAGAACUAGCAGCAAAACGCUCGCCCUGUUUGGAAAUACAUGGGGGUUCCUACGGUAUAGGAGAGUUGCGGCUGUACGCUUCAAGUCAUGCGCAGUUACAUAUAAGUGGUCAUUCAGGCUGCUUCAAUUGUUCAAGCAAAUACACCGGAACGGGACUGGAUCGGAAGUACUGGUUUAAAAAGAUAACUGUAAAGGCUAAUGGAAAAUUUGAAGUCAUAUCCGCUGUACAGAAUGUCGACAGAGCAGUGCAGGUACAUACUGGCACUGUUGCCGUGGAAUAUAACGGAGUGGUAACAAGUGAUGCAAUUGAAAUGUUUUCAAAAUACAUCAAAGUUGAUCAUGACGCCAAAUUCCAUAGUUCUGGCCGAGCUACAGCAACUGGCCUGGGCCCUGGUGCAAGUUGUGGGGGGAUUGGAGGUGGCGCCGGGCAUGGUGGGAAUGGAGGACGCGGAGCAGGUUGCUCCUGUGGUGGUAGUAAUGAUGCCUCAGGUAAGUCCGUUUUUGGUCAGAUAAUUUAAAUAAUACGUUGGUUACCGAAAAGCACACGCACACGGUUCUAAUGCUCCAGUAAAAUAAAAUGCUAAUAACAGAACAUCAGCAGUCUGGGAGAAACAUAACAGUGGUUUGAUGAAGUGCGUCUGUACAUCUACCGCGGCGUCGCCAUGGACAUCGUCUUAUUCACACCAAUACAGACGGUUUCGCAUCGACUGCCGUGAGGACGUUCUUAGCCAGCUCAUCUUCAUACCUUGUCGAUCAAUUAUAUACCAAAAACUUGAAUAUUAUAAACACCUUAAAAACUAUCGAAGAGCUCUGCCACAGUUGAAAACAACCCUUUCCCCGAUUUUAACUGUUAUUUCCUGUCUGAGGAAAUUUAAAAAAAUUAAAAACAACAAGUGACAGGAGAACAUGCAAAGCUGCCGGAUUUGUGAACAAAGGAUUAAGACAAAGCACAGCAUUUUUCUCACCAGACAUUCUUAUGCAAAGUGUUUUUAGGCUAGCUGAGAAAAUUACCAUUGCCAUUUAAUUACUCUUGUGUUAGAGAGAGUAAAAUUGAGUUAAAUAUAGAAAACAAAGCAUAAUAGCAGCUAUUAUCAAUUAUUUGACGCGAUCUAUUAAUCAUCAUUUGAUGUUUGCCCCAAUAUUAAUCAUCUUCUCGUUCCAGGUGGUAGAAAAUAUGGUCAAGUGUGUAAUCCAGUACUUUCUGGCAGCAGCGGUGGCAGCUCCGGUGGUAAAGGAGGUGGUGUUAUUCGUCUGUUUAGCAGCCACCUGGUGGAUCACGAGGGACUGUUGGUGUCAAAUGGAGUUAAUGGUGGUGCAAGUGGCGGUGGUGGAAGCGGGGGAAGUGUAUGGAUAGAUGGUGAAGCGAUAGAUGGUCAUGGAUCAAUGCAAGUAGCAGGUGGUAGUGGUGGUUACAGAUACAGAUAUCGUGCAUGCGAUUAUUACCAUGGCGGAGGAGCUGGGGGCUACAUUAGAGCCCAGUCCCCAAGGUACAUAAACCGAGGAAUACUCUCUAAUUUAAAGAACAUCAAUCCAUCAGGACACAGAACAGCUGUUGAAGGCGGUAGUGCACCUGGAAGUGGAGCUGUACGUGGUGAUGAUGGACAGAUCUGCUUUUCUGGUAACGAGUGCAGUGGACAUGGGGUAUGGUCAAGCACAGGGUGUACAUGUGAUCACAAUUAUCAUGGUGUGAGUUGUUCCUACCACUGUGAUCCUGGUGUUACGUGUUUAGGUCAUGGACAGUGUACGGAGUCAGGAGGUUGUAGGUGUAACAGUGGCUAUGUAGGGUAUCGAUGCGAGCAUCUUUGUGAUCCCCAACGUGACUGCAGUGGUAAUGGUGUAUGCGACAACUUAGGAAAAUGCGUUUGUGAUUCCUGCUAUAGUGGGGAGAAAUGUCAGCACUUGUGCUCAAGCAAAGGCGCGUGUGAGAAUAAUGUGUGUAAGUGUGAUAGCUGUUAUUCAGGGAAAUUUUGUCAAAGCGAGUGUAGUGAACAUGGGCAGUGUCUUAAUGGAACAUGUAAAUGUGAGGGGUAUUGGCAAGGAACACAUUGCGAACGCGGGGGGUGUCCAGGUAUUCCUGUAUGUUCAGGAAAUGGUUUAUGUAACAGUGCAUUACAGAAAUGUUAUUGCAAUCCAGGAUGGGAAGGUAUUGACUGUAGUCAACUUGAUUGUCCUGGUGAACCUAACUGUAACUCACGUGGCGUGUGUAUUCCAUAUCCCGAGGGUGCUAAAUGCGUUAAUUGCUCGCGAGGUUGGAUGGGACCUGCGUGUGGUGAACAAUGUACACAUGGAAUGCAAUUUCCUAUGAACAGUGGUAUAUGUCAAUGUGAUCCAUGUUACGGAGGAAAGGGGUGUACGAGCUUAUGUCUAGGACGAGGAGUCUGCCAAUCAAAUACAUCGUGUUUCUGUGACCCGGCUGUAGGCUGGCGAGGUGACGUGUGUGAAAUACCAGGAUGUCCAGGAAUAGAUAAGGACUGCAGUGGUCACGGGGACUGUAAUGCAGCACGUCAUCAGUGUUCUUGUUAUGAAGGUUGGACAGGCAAGGCGUGUGAUAUUCCAGACUGUCCUGGGGCACCUAACUGCUUUGGACGUGGUUUUUGUAAUGCGUCCCUCGACGUCCCUCGAUGUGUAAACUGCACUCGAGGCUUUAUGGGACCUGCCUGUAAUCAUCCCUGCACAUAUGGUCUACAGAUACCAAUGGACAGCGGCAAUUGUGUAUGUUUCCAUGGUUACAGUGGCGUUGGCUGCGACAGUGAGUGUUCAGAACAUGGUAAGAUCAAUAAUGGUACAUGUGAGUGUGCAGUAGGAUGGAGAGGAGGUUUAUGUGACAUAAUGGGAUGUCCAGGGAUUAAUGAAGAUUGCUCAGGACAUGGAAGUUGUAACGGAGCUAUACACAAGUGCACUUGUUAUAAUGGCUGGUCAGGGGAAGGUUAGUUACUUACCUUUAUCUUUUUAUUUGUUUAUUUGAUUUCCUUUCUCGAAAGAAAAAGGCCGUUGAAUUAUUUCUUUCUUGGUUAUAUUAAAUUAAUUUAAAUUGAUUUCAUUCAGUGUAUUCAAGACGUUUUGUGAAAUCCAUUUUCCUAGAAACUUUGUCAUAUCGUGAAUGUAAUAAAUUAUGAAGAAUAGGUGUUUUAUAGAUAAUUGUUUUCCUUAGGUUGCGAAAUACCAGAUUGUCCUGGUUCUCCAAACUGCUUCAAUCAAGGAUACUGUAACAGUUCUGUAAGCCCACCAGUAUGUCAGAACUGCACAGCGGGUUGGAUGGGACCAGCAUGUAAUGAUCCAUGUGUUCACGGUGUUCAACGACCUAUGGAUAGCGGUAACUGUGUCUGUGAAGCCGGCUGGGCUGGCUUAGGUUGCGACAGUGAAUGCUCAGGACAUGGCCGGGUUAUUCAAGGGUCGUGUAAGUGCGAUAUAGGAUGGCGAGGUAGAUUGUGUGAUAAUCCAGGAUGUCCAGGAAUUGGUGAGGAUUGCAGUGGUCGUGGGGAAUGUAACAGUGCACUACACGAGUGUACAUGUGACGGUGGAUGGACUGGGGAUGGAUGUGAGAUCCCUGAUUGUCCUGGAAAUCCUGACUGCCUGGACAGAGGUAGGACGCCAACUAGUGAUCAUUACAAAUACUUGUUCUUACGACGUCAAAACAACAAAAUGUUACAGUAGUUCCGGUUGUUUUGUUUGCAGCUUGAUAGCGAAUAAGUAAAUUGGUACUAAACAAAACAACAAAACACAACAUGUCCGUCCAGCUACUAGGAAAGCAACAGACUAAAUAUAAAUCUAUAAACAAGGCAACGAAAAACGUGUACCAAGAAACAAUAUAUUAUUUUUUAAUUGUUUGUUUGACCUCUAGGUUUCUGUAAUGCGACGUUCAACCCACCGCGGUGCACGAACUGCAGUCUGGGAUGGAUGGGGGCCGAUUGUGGAUACCCGUGUACACAUGGAAAGCAAGUACCAAUGGACAGCGGUGUUUGCAAGUGUGAUACAUGUUAUGUCGGUAAGGACUUUUGACUGCACUGACCUCGUUCUGUAGUACUUACUUUGUAUUUAUACCAGAAAAAGUACUUUUAAUUGAAGUAGUUUAAUUUGCAUCAAAGAUCGAGAUUUUCGUCGAGCCUCCUGCACACUACAACAUUGAACAUUCCUUAUAUUUAUUUCAUGUAAUUCAGCAAGAAUACUUUACACUUUGUUGAAGAAUAGCAUCGACACUAAACCUCCAUGUUCGAAAAAAUACGAACAUUUAUUUAUGUUUGUGUAACGGGAGAUGCCAUGUAAUCAGAGGCGCCGGAAUAUUCGCUAUUGUUGAAAUGAACAGUCCCUCCUUGAUUAUGAUUACAGAGUCCUGGCUGAAUACAAAUAUACCCGACUCUGCUAUAAGCAUUGGAAGAAUGUUCAAUACCUAUCGGCGGGACCGACUUACACCAGGAGGGGGUGUAUUAGCAUAUGUGAACGCUUGUAUACCAACUACAUGUCUAAAAAUUUAGAAGAAGAUAACAGAGAGGUCCUAUGGCUGCUUCUUAAACCCCCCAGAACCCCUAGGCCUUUUAGCGUUAUAGUGGCAGUUGGCGUCUACUUCCCCCCAGGGCAGUCGGCAGAAAGUGAAAGAGAACUGAUUGAGUAUAUUACUAGGGGACUUGAUUCUGUCUUACGAGAUUACCCGUCUGCUGGUGUAUGCAUAAUGGGAGACUUCAAUCAAAUGAAGCUGAGUAGACUAUGCAGAAGAUUUAACUUGAAGAAGUCUGUAAAAGCACCGACAAGAGGCACCAGAGUUUUAGACCAAAUACUAACGAACAUGUCAGAUUUAUAUAAAGAAGUGGUGCACCUGCCUCCAGUUGGUCGCUCUGACCAUCAAUGUUUGUUGUAUAGUCCCAAAACAAGACAAACCGUGAAGCCUUCUACUCGAAAAGUGCGCCUAACGAAACCAUGUAACCUAAAUGCACUCGGCCUAAAAUUAAACCUUGAGGACUGGAAAUCAAUAUUUGAGGCUCGAGAUAUCAAUAACAAAGUUAGUCUUUUUACAAAUACUAUGAUAGACAUAUUAGAUAAAACAAUACCUGUAACCACGAUACGUACCCAUGCGUCUGACAAGCCAUGGAUGACGGCUUAUAUCAAAAAAGAGAUUAAAGCGAGGCAAAAAGCCUAUACUACGGGGAACAUGACCAAAUAUAGACAAUUGGCUGAUAAGAUCAUUACACUUAUCAAGAAAGCUAAAGCAGAAUUUUAUUCAUCUAAGGUCAAAAGCAAACGCAAACACGAUGCAGCAAAAUGGCAUAGAACGAUAUCCCAGUUAGCUGGCUUUGAAGGUGACAAUCUAAACAACAACUUAAUCUCAGACAGCACUCCCGAUACAGUGGAAAUACUGCAGAAUAUAUUUACUAAACCAUGGUCAAAACUUCCUGAAACCAUAAUCCCUAGUCUUGAAAACGUAGCGUCAUCACUGAGGCAAGAAAAUCCUCCUACUCCCUCAAUUGGACAGGUUAAGACUGCCUUGAAACAACUAAACUCUAAAAAAGCCACCGGGUCCGAUGGGAUUCCAGCAUGGGUGCUUAAACGAUACUGUGAAGAACUAGCGCCCAUCGUUCAUGACAUUAUUUGCGCCAGUAUAAAAGAAUGUGAAUAUCCAACUGCGUAUAAACACGCCUUAGUUAUCCCAGUUCCGAAGGUCAAUCCACCAAGAGAUAUAGAGAAUGACUUUCGCCAGAUAUCCAUUCUUCCCCAAAUGGCUAAAGUGCUGGAAAAGCUGCAGCUCAAACUGAACCUUCCCAGUUCACGUAUAAAUGAUAAUCAGCAUGCCUUUACAAGCAAACGAUCAACCGUGUCCGCACUCACCAACAUCUCGCAGAACUGGUUUAAUGUGACCGACAAUACUCUUAGCGCCAAAAAUGGAGUUCAUGCACUAUUCAUAGAUUUUCGCAAAGCGUUUGACCUUGUUGACCACGGAAUUCUACUUCGUAAGCUCGCAGAAAUGAAUGUAACCAAAGCCUUUUGGCUAUGGACGCGUAGUUUUCUGGAAGAUAGAAGACAACAAGUCAAACUAGCAGGAACCCUAUCAUCGGUCAAACCUUGUCCUGCAGGAGUGCCACAAGGUUCUGUGAUGUCCCCCGCUCUUUUUAAUAUUCACAUUAACGAUAUUGAGAACUCAAUCCCAAAUGGAUUAUCCAUAAACAUAUGCAAAUACGCGGAUGAUUGUACACAGGACGAAGUGGUGUCACAAGGUUCAUCCAGCCAUAUGCAGGAGGCCCUUGAAGCAGUACAAGAAUGGUCUAAUAGGAACAAAAUGACGAUAAAUUCGAAGAAAACAAAAGAUAUGUGGAUAUGUUUUAACACAGCAAUACCGGCACCAGAACCAUUGCUCAUUGGAAACGAGGUAGUGGAAAGAGUAAAUUCUCAUAAACUGUUGGGUGUCUGGCAUCAAAACAAUUUGAAAUGGAACUGUCAUGUUAAGAACAAUGUAAGGAAAGCAAAUAAACGAAUGUUUAGUCUGAGAGAAUGCCGUAGGGCGAAUCUUCCUCCUGAGGUCGGUAUUACAUGUUAUGAAUCCAAGAUUAGACCUGUUUUAGAAUAUGCAGCUCCGAUAUGGGGUGGUUUACCACAAUAUCUCAUUGAUAAAAUAGAGAGCAUUCAAAACAGAUGCAUCAAAAUCCUCGGCACAUCUCGGUGCAACUUUGAAACGCUAG